CUAGUAGAAUGGCUUUUGCUCAAUCUUUCUACAACCAAAACUCUGGCUUGAGAAUCAGUGUUAUGGUUGUGGAUGAUGAUCCUGUUUUCCUUCAAAUUAUGUCACGCAUGCUUGAAAAAUCAAAAUACAGAGAUCCAUCGAUUAUGGAGAUCACAGUCAUAGCUGUAAAAGACUCGAGAGAAGCAUUGUCUACUCUUCAAAUCCAACGAAACAAUAUCGAUCUCAUAGUCACAGAUUAUUACAUGCCUGGCAUGAACGGUCUACAACUUAAAAAAGAAAUCACUCGAGAAUUUGGCAAUUUACCGGUCAUAGUUAUUUCAUCGGACUCAAACAAAGAACAGGAGAGUUUAACUUGUGGAGCGAUGUGUUUCAUUCCAAAACCCAUCAAAGCAACUGACUUAACCAAGAUUUACCAACUUGCUAUAACUUAUAAGAGGAAUGGUAAGUCCAUAUUAUGGACGGAGCACAACCACCAGGACACAGAUCAUGUUACUAUCCCUCAGCAAAUCCAAUUGCUUCCUGAACAAGCUAAUGUCUUGAAGACUAAGAAGAAGAGGAAGUUCUCACCUCGAUCGGUUCCAAGAUCCCUCAACAGUUCAAAUGGAAGUUGUGUUAGCACCGACGGUUCACGGAAAAAUCGAAAAAGGUCUGGUGAUGAUGUUGAGUCUCUGUCCAAGCCCGCCAAGAAGAGUAAGAUUUCGUGGUCGGAUUAUCUUCAUGACCUUUUCUUACAAGCUAUCCGACAUAUCGGUCUUGACAAGGCUGUGCCAAAGAAGAUCUUAGAGUUCAUGAACGUUGAUUACUUGACAAGAGAGAACGUAGCAAGCCAUUUACAGAAAUAUCGGCAGUUCUUGAGGAAAGUCGCGGAAAGAGGUGUGUGCUGCUCAAGCAUGCUCUCGGGAAGAGGCAUAGACUCGAUUUUUGCAUAUGCUCACAUCACAGAGCCGUACUACAACAAUUACACAGCCACUACUUCUUGGUACGACACAAGUCUUAACAAUAGAUCAUUCUAUUCCAAACCCGGACAUGGUUUUGGACAGUCUAGACUCUUAUCCAACCCACGUGAGCCCAUCCGCUCCAACCAGAUGCCUUACAACUACAUGAACCGGUCAUCCACUUACCAGCCGCUCCGUAAUGGAUCAAGCUUGACCCUUCCCAUCAGUGGCAACCUCAACUUUCCAACCCAACCAUCUGAGAACGGAGGAAGAAGAAGCUUUUUUGAAUCAACCGGGGUGGCGAACUACACCGGCCAAACAUCUCAAGUUCUUGGGUUCGGACAACAUGGACCGUUGGCCAUUAAUGAUAAUAAUUUCGAAAAUAACACCGUGAGCAGUUGUGGAAGUCUAACUCCCAAUCAACCAGGAAGUGUCAGCCAUGGAAGCCUAACUCCUAAUAAAUCAGAUUUGAGCAGCCAUGGAAGUUUCAAUCCUAAUCAUCAAGGAAAUAGCAGCCAUGGAAGUUUAAGUACUUCUAAUCAACCAGGAAUGAGCAGCUAUGGAAGUUCAACUUCUAAUCAACCAGGAAUUAGCAGCCAUGGAAGCCUAACUCCGAAUCAACCAGGAUUGACUAGCCAUGGAAGUUUAACUUCUAAUCAUCUAGGAAUGAGCUUCUAUGGAGAUUCAACUCCUAAUCUGCCAACAAUGAAUAGCUAUGAAAGUUUAACUUCUAAUCCACAAGGACUGAACAGCUAUGGAUGUGUAACUCCUAAUCCAGGGCUGAACAACGUUGGAAGUUUAACUCCUAAUCCAGGGCUGAACAACGUUGGAAGUUCAACACCUAAUCAACCAGGAGCUAGCCACUUAUUGUAUGGAAUCGAGUUGUUCUUAAACAAUGAGAAUACUGCAUCUAUGCCUCAGCCACAUGCCAAUGCAACUACAGAGCCAAAUCUUGGAAUUCCUGAACUUGAGAAUCUCAGCUUAUAUGAUGAUCUCGGUAAUAUUAAUGAGCUUCCUUGCGAUAUAAGCAACUUCCAAUUAGAUAACAACAAGCAGCCACAAGAAGAAGCGGUUUCCACCACCCAAUUUGAGCUCCCUGCAAGUUUUCCGACUGAACUGAAUGAGAUUUUCUCUCCUGGAGAAGAAGGUGACUGGACCUUUGUGAACAUAAACCAGGGACAUUCUGAUGGAGAAACAUCAAACAUAUUUGCUGCUCCGGAGACGAACUCUCCAAUUAUCAACAUAAACCCUAAUCAAAUUCAGGAACGAGAUGAUCCAGAUUUUAUCGAUUGGUCGUUAUUGGAUCCGCAGGACUUGGCUAAUGAGUUCGACUUCAUGGACUCUCUGUUCAACAAUGACAUGAAUUGAAAAGGGUUCCUCCAAGCCGUUCUCAAAGCGAUGUGAAGAAAUAAAAUCGGCAAUGCACAGUACUUUUUUAAGCAAUUAACAUAUAUAUAAGAAACAUAUAGAAGUAUGGUUUUGGUUGUGUAAUUUCUAAGUGUUGGAUAUUCUGUCUUUCUUUGUUCAGCAAGUGUUGGGUACUAUGUUAUGUCUCAGAACCUUUCAAUAAAUAUAAAG